CCGUUAUUCGCUUCACACUUCAAUUGCUGAUACGGCAGCGUUGCAGCGUUCCUACAGUAGCAGCUGUAGCUGUAGUUACUGUUGAGACCGUGGUGAAAUGCAAUCGCCCGCUAGAGGUAUUCGGGGCCGCUGGUCGUAAUUUCAUCCCUGAUAGCUCUGCACCUUUCCGCGAUGAAAGAUGCGUGAAGCAUGCUGCCGCGCGCAAAUCCUUCCUCAGAGCCACGGAACCACGCGCGGAGUCGCUGCACCUCCGCUGCAGCUGCGCUCGAGGGCGUGGGACGGCCGCGGCGUCGACCGCGCCGCGCAGCUAGGCUUCUCGGAGUCGCGACCUUGGAGCGCGGGGGGGCCCCCGCGCACUUUCCCGGGGACCGUGCGCCGCAUCGUCCCGGGAUAAAAUCGUCGUCGAUAAGCGGUCGCGUCCACACGCGCGCGUUUAGCUGUGGGAGUCAUGGAGGCGACACGAGAGUGGGUCGGCACCGUCGCCGGCGUCGUGACCCUGGCCAGCUUCGUCGGCGGCCUGUCGCUCGCCUGGCGCGUCCGGCGAGCGGGCACCUCGGCGGGCGUCGCGUUCGCCCCCGUGGCCGCGGCCGCGGCCUGUUGCCACUCCUGGCUCCUCUACGGGCGCGGCGCCGACGAGCCCGCGGUGGUGUGGGUCAACGCGUGCGGCUUGCCCCUGGUGCUCGUCAACGUCGUCGUGCACCGCGCGUACGCGCGGGACAGUGGACCCGGUUGGGUGUUGCUCGCGGCGCUCGGCGCGCUGCAGUUGGCGGCGCCGAUGAUGAGCGUGGUGUGGCUGGGCCGCGUCGCGUCCCUCUACACGGUGGCCUGCAACGCGGCGCCGGCCUCCCGAAUCCGGACGGGCCCGCUGCCCGAGCUCGCCGCCUGGGCGCUGGUAGUGUGCGGGCUCUGGUCGACGUACGGGGCCCUCGGAGGAGACGUGCCGCUCUGCGCGUGCAACCUGCUCGGGGCCCUGGUGGCGGUGGCCGAGUUGACCGCGGCCGCUUUGAACAGGCGGAGGCGCAAGCAGGAAUAGCACAUAUCACAUGUCUGUGAUAUAUUACACGAGGGCGGGACAGGGUGUUGCAGGAAGCCUCGAAUCGCUGUCUACGAUGUGACGCCGUCUACGUCGGCCAGCGGCGUGGCCCAAACAGGCUCCUGCCCAGACAGGGUACAAAACAGUGUUGGCGGUCCGAGCAUGGCUCUGCGAUAUUUUGCGAGGACUGCGGGGUGCCUACGCGAAUGCGAAAUGUGCAACACCGUCAAGCAAUACGCGUGCUGCGUUUGGACAUAUGGCCACAGCAAAUGUGCCCUUCGAGCAGCAAAGAAAAGACAGUAUUUCAGAUCAUCACGUGCAAUACCUAUAUAUAGUUCAAAAGAAAAAUGUAUAUAUACAUACAAAGCUUUAGUCGACGUUACACUUCGCUUGGGGCAAGCCUGGAUGGCCCUAUAUAACGACAUUUCCUGUUGAGAGUUGUUUUCUCUGGGCUGUGCAAUAAAUGCUCUGUUAAAAGCUCUA